CCUCCCCACUCCGUGCCACGUAGAAACCAGCACGCUGUUGCUGCGUUUCCACGCUUCCGCCUCUAGCUUGCCGUUUCUAUGUAAAAUGAUACCGGAGCCAGAGGGAAACGUGAGGCUAGCCGAAGCGCUUCCUCUCGUUCAAAGGCCGGCCUGCGUUACCACGUCUACAAAUCUGCGCCGAGGAUCUGCGGCUGCGUUACGUGGUACACGUCCUCCUUUCCGAAUUACACGGGAGAUCCUCUGCAAAAACGCAGAAGGGAGUUACCGACCCUUGUCAGAGAACGGGUGGAAGAUGUUGCAGCUAACGAUGAGGAUGAUUUUUUUUGCUUUUCUGGUAACUCUUGUCGCAUGCAACGCCCCCCCGGUACCGUUAGAUGACAUCGUCAUAGAAAAAACUUUCACCCCCGAGCGCUGUGACCGGGCCGUGAAAUCGGGAGACUUCGUCCGGUAUCAUUACAAUGGGAUGUUUCCUGACGGCAAGAAAUUCGAUUCCAGUUAUGAUCGUGGCACCACUUACAAUGUGUUUGUUGGCCGGAAGCAACUAAUUGCUGGCAUGGACAAAGCCUUAGUGGGCAUGUGUGUGAAUGAGAGGCGUCUGGUUAAAAUCCCCCCACAGCUGGCUUACGGGAAGGAUGGUUAUGGGGACAUAAUUCCCCCUGAAUCCAUCCUGCACUUUGACGUGCUGCUGCUGGAUGUCUGGAAUGCUGAUGACAAGGCGCAGAUUCAGACCUACCACAAGCCGGAGAAGUGUGGCCGCAUUGUGCAGGUCUCCGACUACGUGCGCUACCACUAUAACGGCACUCUGCUUGACGGAACGCUCUUCGACUCUAGUCACACACGCAUGAGGACCUAUGAUACAUACGUGGGAAUUGGCUGGCUGAUCGCUGGUAUGGACCAGGGGCUUCUGGGAAUGUGUGUGGGAGAAAGACGCAUCAUCACCAUGCCUCCUUCCCUUGGCUAUGGAGAGCAUGGAGAUGGUAGUGAUAUUCCUCCUCAGGCUUCUCUGGUGUUUGAUGUUGUUCUGCUGGACCUUCACAACCCCAAAGAUGAGAUUGCAGUGGAGGUCCAGAGUCUCCCAGAUUCCUGCACUCGUAAGAGUGUGGAGGGAGACUUUAUGCGUUAUCACUACAAUGGGACACUGCUGGAUGGAACCUUUUUUGACUCCAGCUACUCAAGAAAUCGCACCUAUGACACCUACAUUGGGAAAGGUUAUGUGAUAGCUGGGAUGGACCAGGGUCUCCUGGGUGUGUGUGUCAGAGAGCGCAGGAGAAUCACCAUACCGCCACACCUCGCAUAUGGCGAGGAGGGCACAGGCACUAAGAUCCCUGGUUCAGCUGUGCUGGUGUUUGAUGUCCACAUCAUUGACUUCCACAACCCAUCUGACAAAGUGGAGAUCACCAGCGUGAAGCCAGAGAAAUGCAGUUACACCACAAAACGCGGGGACUUCAUCAAGUACCACUACAACGCCACACUUAUGGAUGGCACUUACAUCGAUUCCUCACACAGCUAUGGGAAGACAUACGAUGUGGUUCUGGGAGCAGGGCAGGUAAUCCCUGGCAUGGAGCAAGGCCUGCUGGAGAUGUGUGUUGGAGAGAAACGCACACUGGUUGUGCCCCCUCACCUGGGUUAUGGAGAAAGAGGAGUGGAUGGGGAGGUUCCUGGCAGUGCAGUGCUGGUGUUUGAUAUUGAGUUGGUAAAUGUUGAGGAGGGUCUUCCUGAUGGUUACAUGUUUGUGUGGAAUGAUGAUGUGUCACCCGACCUCUUCAGUGAAAUGGACAGAAACAAAGACUUAGAAGUGGACACCACUGAGUUCUCAGACUACAUACUCCGGCAAGUCAACGAUGGUAAAGGUCGCCUAGCUCCUGGUUUUGACCCUCACCGCAUCAUUGAGAACAUGUACAGCAACCAGGACCGCAACAAGGAUGGGCGAAUCACCGCCGACGAGUUCAAACUGAAGGCGGACGAAGCAUCCACUCAUGAUGAGCUUUGAGGGUGUGCUCAAGGACAAGGGGGGUGGGAUUGGCUGUGUGUUUUGUUAUUAUAAUAAAUGGGUGGGGAUAAAAAUGGUGAAAAGUUUGGCAGUGUGUACUAGGUGCAGAUUGGAUGACCUUUGCGUAUGUGAGAGGUGUUUGCAUGUUUAAAUGUGUUUGAAUGUGAUUGUGUGUGAUUUUACAGUAUGUAAAACUUUUUAGCACAUCUUUUGAGUGUGUAAGAGUGCCAAAAUGUCUGUGACUUUUUACAAAAAAGACCCCUUUUAAUAAACACAUUCCAAACCCCA